GUAGACCUGGUCGGUUCGGUUCAGUCGUUCAGUACAGUCCUACAGUCAGUGAGUCAGUACUCCAGUAGAUGGCCGGAGUUGGUAGUGGUAACACUGGUACGUCUGCCGUGACAGCUACUCAGUACACAUCUGAACCUAGCACCAUGGAGAGUUGGCUACUGGAGGUGAAGAGGGUGAGGAUCCCCAGACCCAAGUUCCAGACUGGUGCCCUGAGGUACCCCACGGAACCACCCAAGGACUACUACCUAUCUGAGGAAGCGGAGAAGACCAAGAGGAGUUUGGAAAAGGCGACAGAGGAACUCAGAAGAAGCAUCCAGGAAAAGCUAUAGAAACCCGGGGAAAGUGGCGAAGCCGCUAUGUUGUCACUUAAUACCUGGUUCAAUUAGACAUAAGCGAUUGAAAGUGAAGACUUUCAUGAGAAAAAGUAGUUAAUCAAUCGUUUAACAUUUUUCUAUAGAAAAUUAUGAUUUUAUUGGUAAUUUUUAAGUAAAAGUCUAAGUUUGCCGUGUACACUAACUUUUUUAACAAGCCAAACUAAAAGAGCAACUUAUUGAAACAUAAAGAAUCUUUGUUGUCACACAACACCAAAAAAGGAUAACGAAAGUCCUUUUUAGAAAUACUGCACUAUCGGUAUUUUUACGAUCAUUAUUUAAACUUCAAAGCUAACCGUUUGUAGGAACCAAAUUCACGGACUCCUUCCGAUUAAUACCAAACAAAUUAAUAUCUUUUAUUAUUAACAACAAAGAAACAGACUAUAGAAAAGUGUAAAAUCAGGGAGAUGAGUAUUAUGUUCUAUAUGGAGAAAAAUAGCUUAACUGAUCCAUAUAGAUGUCUACUUCUUUUCAACAAGUCAAUCGUUUAAUGCAAUGUAAUAUUCGGGAAUGGAAUAUUUACUUUAUAAUGUUUCUCGUCAAGAUUCAUGUAAAACGAGAGAAUGUUUAGCUUGAGGCACCAACCCCCCACCCCCCCCCACCCCUUUCUCCAUCACUCAUCAAGAAUAUGAAGGGGGAAGGGGGUUGUAUUCAAAUGCAAGUCUUGUUUCUCUUUUAAAGUCUUGUAAUUACGUUUUCCUCAGCUAUUAUAACGCAAGAGAACUUUUUAGUUUGGAAUAAUUACAACUUUUACGUCGUAGAAAUAAAUCAUCAUAAAUUUAUCAAGUUAAUAGAUUAUGACUCUAGUUUAUGAUUAGAUUAUGACUUCACUGACCCUUUGAGUUGUGAGCUAUUAUAGAAAUAAUUAUAAACAUUUAUGAUCAUAUAAAGACGUUAAACUUGUAUUUAAAUCCCUUAAUACGUAUUUUUUACGUAUUUUGAAAACAAAAUGUCUGUCGACCCUUUUACCACAUAUAAAACAAUUUUGAAAUAAUAAUCGGUUGAUAUUUUAAUAAUGUAAUAUUCUUUAAUAUGUUUUCAUCUUCAUCAUGUUUAAUGAUACAAUUUAACAAAGUUCUGUUUCCGCAAGUAAACUAGACUAAAAAGGGGAAAAUGCUUUCAAUAAAAUAUCUUUUAAGUACCUAUAUAUUAUAUGUUAAACGAUACAGUAGUAUAGCUAUGUUUCCUAUUGUAAAAAGUUUCUUUUUAGCCCUAAGACUGUUUAGCUAAUAAUUAUUUGUAUUGUUAUCAUUUUAUUAUUAAAUAAUAUAUUUAAUAUUAUUUUGCA